UUGUCUAAGCCAAAACAUCAUAUCUUUUGCUUAAUUAACUUGUUACAAUUGUGGUCUAAAGUGGGGGAGGAUUUCUUUCCCCAGUGGAGUACGUACUGCCACUAAUAACACUUCUGAGGUUUACUCCGCCGUGACGUUUCAAAGGGCAUUGGAAUAUACAACCAGAAGAAGCUACUAAGUCCAAUCACACAGCUGCUUCCCACAGAUCAAUUGAUGUUUCUAUGGUAACGAGGUCGGUGUCGUCGUGUAUGUCUUGUCAGGUGCGUGACACUUCGGCCACACAGAAUGUAUGCGAAGGGAAAAGACUCAACGGUACCAUCCGAUCCUCAGGCAAGAGAAAAAUUAGCCCUGUAUGUCUAUGAAUAUUUAUUACAUGUUGGAGCUCAGAAGGCAGCCCAAACUUUCCUGUCUGAGAUAAGAUGGGAAAAAAACAUAACAUUAGGAGAACCUCCAGGGUUUUUACAUUCAUGGUGGUGUGUCUUUUGGGAUCUUUAUUGUGCAGCACCAGAAAGGCGAGAAACGUGUGAACAUUCAACUGAAGGAAAAGCCUUUCAUGACUAUGGGUUUAUUAACUCCGGGUAUGCGGUCAACGGGAUGACACACAACCCUACAGUCCCCAGUCCACUAAGUCAUAUGGCCCCUGGUGAUGGGAUGCCAGGUGGAGCUGUAGGCCCUGCUGGUUUCUUCCCAAACUCUCACAUCAGACCCUCUCCACCUCAACAGUCAGUUUCACAACCGUCCCCUCAUUCCCAGCCUCCUCCCUCUCAUACUUUAAUGGUCCAGAAUCAGCCAUUCAUGUCACCGCGCUAUCCAGCUCGGUCUGGAGUGAGGAUGAGUCAACAAGUCGAUUUCAGUGCUCCUGGUAAUGUUCCAGGACAACACAUGAUACCCAAUAAUAUGGACCCAACAAGACCAGUUUUUUCUAUUCAUCCAUCCACAUUCUUGUUUAUAGCUGAUGGUGGAGAGUUUGUGAGCUGGCAAGGGCCACAAGGAAUGAACCCAAUGAAUUCAAGAAUAAACCCACAAAGAGGGCAACAUCUUGGUCAAAUGAAUCCUGGUAGUUAUGGACCAAUAAGACCAUCAGGUGGAGCAGUGGGUCCUGGAGUUUCUCCACUGUCCAUGCAGGGGCCAGGAGGCAGACAAUGGCAGCCAAAUAUGUCUACUAUCAAUUACUCCUCUGUUUCACCUGGAAGCCAUUAUGGUCCUCCAUCCUCAGGGGCAGGUCCUCAGAGGUCAGGUACACCUAUUAUGCCCAGCCCUCAAGGAUCAUCUGGCCCUUUCUCUCCUGAAAACACAAGAAUUAAUGCUUCCAACUUGCGGCCAGACUCUUCUAGUUCUGGUGGUGAGAGUAUGUACACCAUGAUGAAGACAGUGCCUGGAGGAGCUAUGUCAGGGUUCCCACUUGGACCAGGACCAGAUGGUCACAUUGGACCAGACAUGGGGACAUCUGUUAUGAAUGGAAUGUCCUCAACAGGUGAAAGUUUAGAUGGUAUGAAGAACUCACCCAUCAAUGGUCCUGGUACACCUAGAGAAGAUGGGCCUCCUAUGGGAGAAUAUGGUAUUUCAGGGUAUGGACAAGAAAAUAUACCAGGGGAUACAUCGGGAAUUGACAUGCAAUGCCAUUUACAGGCUUGUAGCAGUCAUCAAGUUCACCCGUGUGAAAUUUAAGUGCAGGAUAAGCUUCAGGUAUGUCUUUAAAAUGUUGUCAUUGUGCUCCACUGUUAAUUCUACUGAAUGUGUACACUACCUUUAAUAGUUCUAUAGUGACCUGAAACUGUAGCGACUUUACACUCCUCUUUUUGUUUUCAGUUUCAUUCCAUAAUAAUCUCCCUUUGUUGUUUAUUCCUUAUUAUUUACUUAGAAAUGUCUCAGAAUGUACUGACUCAAAACAUCUAAUCUUUGUAAUCUUUGACUGUUUUCCAUAUCUAUUCAAGUUUUAGAAGCAUGUUUGUAGUUCUCCUUUUCUACCUAAUAUUAUUGAAAACAAAAGGUUUAUGAGUGCACAUAUGCUUAAAGAAUGUUACAAUUCCAUUGCCAUCCAAAGAAUUAGCUGUUCUCACUUUAAGCCUUUUUAGAACAAAAUAGGCUUGGCCCUGACCCAUUUUAGGUCGACAUAGCAUUAAGUGAGAAGAACCUGUUAGGUAAUGCAGUAUGGCAUUUCAUUAAUGCAAAUAUACUAAAAUAAUGACUUGGCUGGCUUCUAGAAAUGUUGAAGCAGAAUCUCUUCUUAGAACUACACUUAAAUUUUGUGUAAAAACAACUCGUAUGCUCACUAUAUUAUACAUAUUUCAGGCUACGUUUCUUUACAGAACUUACAUUGGUGGUUGGUAUCAAAAGAGAGGGAAAUAUUUGAACCUUAAUGUCAGUUUCAAACUCUUUAUGUAUCUUAUAUACUGGACUACUUAUUUCUAAUUCAUUUAUUCCAUAUGUACAUUAUAAACCUUUGUGUUUGCACUUAAAAGCUGAUACACAAGUUUUUUCCCAUUUAUUUACACACUCACACUUGCCUUUUUUUUCCAGUUUAACAGUUAUGUCCAAAGCUACAUUUUACUGCCUCUAAUUAGAGUAAUAAUUUUAACAGAUGUUGUAGUUACUGCUAUAAUCUCCCCUGCUUGUUUAUCAUAUAAUUUUUUACUAUAUUUCAGCACUUUAAUCUGUUUCCACAAGUCCAGCACUGUGGAUCAACACAUGCCUAAAUGUGUGAUUUUAGUCAAAAUUUGUAUAAUUAAUAAAUCUGUAUGCUUGAGGUUUUUAAUAUUUCUACAGGAUCAGAAUGAAUUUGCAACAGUAUUAAAAAUCAAAGAAACCAUGUGAAAAGAAGUUAAGAGAUUUGAAAAAAUACUCCAUUAGAACAGCCAGAAUAUUACCUACAGUGAUUAAAAGAAUAUGAACAAAAAAACAGGUAAUCCAGAAAGGAUUCGACACUAUCAGGACGAGCUAUGAUUGUUUUCAACUGAAAAACCUUCUGUCUACUCACCCUUGGCUUGUUAUUUCAUACUAAAUGAGAGUAUAGAUAUGUUAAAAUGUUGAAGAUUGAUAUCAAAGUUUAUUGAUGGUUUGCAGUUAAAUAUUGUCUGGUAUUGUACAAAUUUAAGGUUCAAACUACUAAUGUUAAAAUGUUUUUAUUUUUUUUUGUAUUGAAAUUUUUAUGGGAUCAGACACCUUUCUAAUACAAAUUUAUUACUUGUAGAAAUAGUGAUUAUCUUUACCAAAGAAUUAGAUAAAGGGGUGAACUUAUUUGAACUCUGAAAGAACUGUACAUUGAACAACAUUAUAUCAGAUGGAUGUCUCUUGGAACUUGAGAAGUUUCAUAAGCCUCUGUCAAAGUUUCAUCUCUGUGUCAGUAUUUUCUCUCUUUUUCUCCCUUUUGUCACUGCUCAUUUGUCAUCAACCUCAUUGUCAUCACCUUGGCUGUGCUCUGAAUAUUGAUCCCAAGCAGACUAUUAUCACCACUCAUUUUAUCAUCAACUUUGUGGUCAUCAUAUCAACUGUGUUCUGGACAUUGAAUCCAAGGAAAUUGUGAAGGGACUCUUAAAGCCAGAAAAGAGAAAAAGACAGUUGUUAGUAAGCCAAGAAUAUUAAAGUUAAUUAUUAUUAUGACUGUGAAUCAUAUAUUUUGUUUCUUUCCAUAGGUCAGUUUUUUCCUCAUUGUCUUUGUGAAUUUCUUCCCUUUAAAGCAUUCCAUUGAACAAAAUAUUAAGAAGAGGAUUCGUUGUUUGUGAUGAAACAGAAAUGAUUAAGCAGUACAAAAUUUAUUAGGGUAUUUUUUCUUGUUCUGACAACAGAUUAGAUGAAACAUAGUAACAAGUUGCUGUAUGGCAUAGAGCAAAAAAAGUAUUGGAAUAUGCCAUUAAAAAAAAGUUUCAUAAAAUAUGAGGUUUUUGAAGUAGUCGCAGGUUAUAUUGCCAGUGAUAGUUAAAUUAUAUAUAACUACUUUUGUACCAGUCACAAGUAAAUUUUCCAGAGUGCAUAUGAGGAGUUGCAUUAGGAGUUCCAAGUUAGUCAGCACUGUAUCAGUAAUAGUUAUAGAUUUUGUUGUUGAACCAACCAAAAUGUUAAAGAGUGAGGUGUGUAAUUGAUGUACUACUGUUUAUUUAGUGUGGAGAAUACAAUAAAAAGAGACAAACUUGUUAAAAACAAAUGUUUGCUGAUAAUUAUUGGUCAUUUGUACUUGUUGAAAGAUGUUAAUCAGAUCAAAUUUUAAUAAAGUAAUUUAUUGAAAUAUUUCAUUAAUUUAGUCUUGAACAUUUUCAAUAAACUAAAUGUUAUGAAGUCAGUGAACAUUUACAUAUUUGAUUAGAACACAACCAUGGAAAACUUAAUCAACUAGUCACAGUUUUUAUUAAGAAAAAAAAAUUAUGUAAAAAUUCUCAACUAAUUAUGUUUGUUUGCCCUGGGUUACCUUUCAGUGUAAGUUUAAAUUGAGAUUACUCUUACAGUUUGUAUGUAUAUAUAUGUAUUUAUUUAUCUACAAAACCAGCGCGGGUGAGGUGAAAUUUAGCUUUUUUCCAUAUUGUCUUGAUUAACUUAUGAGUCAAUAUGUAUAUUAUUUAUUUGCUGUAUUUAAGACAUUGGUGACUAUUCUGUUGUGUAUCUUGGUUAAUUGAAAUUUAUAAUCCUUUUCGACAAUGAAAGUUGCGAUGUGUAAAAGUAAGCUUGGUUUUGUCUACAAAACGCUAUAUUUAUUACAGCUGCUGUCAGGUAAAUCAUCACAAACGUCAGAAGCUAGAAUAGAAACAUUUCUGUUGCUUGGAAGUGGUAUUAGUUUUAUUAAGUGAUGUAAAUUGUUACUAUGAUAAACACAAAGACAGGAAGUUGUCAAUUUUCGGGUGCGGGAUGAAUGUGAAGCUGUUACGUGAAAAUUUAAAAGAUUAACUCAGACUCAACUGUUGCUUUUAUAAGAAACGCAUGUGUGCAUCUUCCUAUUUGACCUAAAGCGUUCUGAUAAAUUCAAGUUGUUGUUUUUUAUACUUAUUUUAUAACCAGUUUUGUUGUUAAAAUUAGUCUUAGGUUUAUCUGCUGUCGUUGUUUUCAGUUUUUGUAGCUUCAACUUUACUAAGUGGUGUGACAAUCUGUAAAGCCAACCUUUGAGUAGACUGAUUCAUUAAAUUAUUUAUUUCAGUGA